UGAAUUUUCUGGACUUAAAGAAGUUGGUAGGGGAGGUUAUGGAAUUGUAUGUAAAACAGUAUGUAAAACAGCUGUUAAAAGGUUAGACUCGACAGUUGCUAUUAAAAGACUAAUUGUUGAAAAGAACGAUGAAAAGACUAUUCAAAAGUUUGUUAAAGAGUUAAGCACAGCAAUCAUUCGACUUCCUUAUAUUGCCUUAAUUCAUUAUUUGCCCCAAAUCAGCAACUCCUAUGAAUCAUCAAUAUUCAAUGAACAUCCA